GUUGUCUCCAAGGUGUUUACAGAAUUUUUAGUUGGUACAUUUCGAAGUGAACUUUAAAAACCAACUUUCCCUCUUUUCCUGUUAAUCGGCAAACUACUUUAUUAGUUAUUAAAGUAGUUUCGUCUAAACUAUGGCUUCGCAUACACUAAAGUGUAAUCCAGAUUCAAAAGUUCAUGAACAAAGUAAUCGUCCAAAGUUUAUGCAUCAGCACACCUUGAAAUUUUCUAAGCACUAUCCUAUAAUGGAUGAUCCUAUUGAAGAGUGUAAACAGCGUUUAGUUGAAGCGACAGCAGAAUUAAAAGAAAAGAGAAAAGUAUUCGCUGAGAAAAUGGCGAAAUCCCGAGAACAACGUGUUCUAUUACAGCAUGAUGUAAAUGCUUUAGAAGAACGGAAAUUGAAGUGUCAAAGUUUUAUUAGAGAUAAUGAUGCGAAGCGUUGGAGAGCUCUGCAGAAAUUCUGCACAGAUAAUCAUUUGUGUACAGUUAAAAAGAAAGAACGACAGAAUUUAAUUAGUGAAUUAAGAAAAGCCAAAGAACUUUAUGCGUCCUUGCUAGCUAAAGUCGCUAAUUUGAAGAAAUAUGAAACGUACUUACAAACAGUAGUUGAUUCGUUACCUAAAGAUUACAUCAAGCUAGCCGAUGAUGCCAUAAUUGGUCUGAUUAUGAGAUAUAAUUCACUACACAGUACAAAUGAAAGAUUAAAAAGAGAAAUGGAGACUAAAGCUGAAGAAUUGAGACAAGCACAAAAUGACUUGAGAAAAUUAAAAGAAUCACAUCGUUUCUUGUUAUUUAACAAAAACUCUGAAUUAUCUGCGUUGUACAGUGAACGUGAAUGUCUUGACAGUAAUUUUCAAGCGACUAAUUCAACUUUUGUACAAAGUCAUGAUGAUUUAGUGAAUCAGCUCUCUUUUUUUAUGACAGUAAUAAGAGCUAUCAAUAAUUUGACGGGAAAAUUAUUGCGAACAUACGAUAUCACUUUAUGUGGACAAACAUUGUUAAGCAAAAUACAAAAAAUGACAGUUUUGUCCAGAUGUCAUUUUAUUGAGGAUCGUAUCUCAACUAUUCGUACAAUAUUAGCACAAAUAGUAACGGAUACCGGACAGUUACCAGUGUGUAAAUGCUGUCGGCCACAGUUGACAAAUCAACAAAUAGCUGGAGUGAUUGCUACGUCACCAAGUGAAUUAGCUUUCUUAAUCAAAUUGACAACUUUACCAAGUGAGCGUCAUUCCGUUGUUUCUUUAUCUGCACUUAUUCCUCCACUUCCAAAUACUUCUGCUAAUUAACAAUAUAUUUCAUUUAUUCAGUUUCCGAGACCAAACAAAUCAACUUAAUAAACACUUGUUAUGAAGAGAACUUGAAUUCACCUCAUUCUGUGUAGAUACAGAUAAAAAUAUACACAAAAUGUGUAUUUUGAAUGUGUCUACUAAUAAAUUAAAAAUUAAUCUAAUCACACGAUAAUUAAUUAUUUAUAUUUAUUUAUUUAUUUAUUGAUGUUAACUAGUGAAUUCAUGUUGAUUAAAAACGAGUAGAACUGUAGCCUACUAAAGUGAAUGUAAAACUUAGUCGCCAAGUCCAAAUAGUAUCUCAGCAAGUUGAUUGUCUGAAAGUGUCUUAUCCCAG